UGUUCCACCUGGUCACCAUCUCGAAAACACGUCAAUGAAGACAGACGCUGCCCCCCUCCACCCAGAAACAUGAAGGGCUUAUCCGGCGGACGCACGCAGCACCACCAGAUCCCCUCGCCCCAUCUCCCCCCUCCCCUGAGCUUGGUCGAUUAUGAGAAUCCCCACGACCCCCCCGGCAUGCAUAUCUCAGACGUCCGCCACUCCCAUCUCCUCAGCCCCACAGAGAGCUGCGCCAUGGACUACCACCAUCACCGCUACUCUCCCCGCAGCUCCAUCCAUUCCGACUGCAUGGUGAUGUCGCCCGUCAUGCUGCCCACAGCCGCCGUGGCGGACCACGUCUCCAGCAGCACCUUCCCGAGAAUGCACUACAGCUCGCAGUACUACGAUUCCGCCACCAGGGACGACUGCGCAGCCAAUCAUCAGGGCAGCAAGAGCAACCGUAUUCCCGCCAACUUGCUGGACCAGUUUGAGAAGCAGCUCCCACUGCAUCGCGAUGGCUUCCACACACUCCAGUACCAACGCACCUCCGCUGCAGCUGCCGCAGCCGCCGCAGGCGAACAGCGGAGCGAGAGCCCCGGACGCAUCCGCCAUCUCGUCCACUCCGUGCAGAAGCUCUUCACCAAGUCCCACUCGCUGGAAGGGUCGUCCAAGAUGAACGGGACGAAAGGCGACAGUGGCGGUGGAGGAAGUAGCCACCAUCAUCCUGGUCACCACUCGUCCAAACACGGCAGCAAGCGAAGCAAGAGCAAGGAACGCAAGCACCGUCCGGGCGUGGGUGGCUGGUGGAGCUCGGACGACAACCUGGACAGCGACAGCACAUACCGAACGCCCAGCGUGUUGAGUAGGCAUCACGCCGAACAUGUGGGCCACUGCUUCCCAGAAUCCAUGCACAGUCACUUUGGCGACCACUCCCUCAAAACCUCCAAGAGCAACAAUGACGUCAAAUGCUCAGCCUGCGAGAGUUUGGCCAUGGCCCCAGAGGGGAAGUUCAUGAAGAGGAGCUCCUGGUCCACACUGACCGUCAGCCAGGCCAAGGAGGCAUACCGCAAGUCCUCCCUAAACCUGGACAAGCCCAUGCUGCACCAAGACUUCAAACCCUCGCUACGUUCCAGUCACUAUCUGCAGGUGCCUCAGGAUGAGUGGGGCGGAUACCCCGGCAUCGAGAAGGACGAGGAGAUCCCAUGCCGCAGAAUGAGAAGCAGCAGUUACGUCAAAGCCAUGGGAGAUGAUGAGAGCGGCGACUCAGACACCAGCCCCAAAACAUCGCCUCAAAAAACCAUCCGUCCAGAUGCUCUCGUCCUGAAGUCUGCCUUGCACAGGCCUCAUAUAGACCCCCACAGCCAAACCUACCACUUACAGACAACACGAGACAUGCGUCCCCAUCCCAGCGUCUCCCUGGACCCGGCCACCCACUUCAACCCGCCUCAGUUUCGCUCCCGCAACCAGAGCUACAUGCGUGCGGUCAGCACGCUCAGUCAGGCAAGCUGCGUCAGCCAGGUGAGUGAGACUGAGGUCAAUGGACAGUUUGAGUCAGUUUGCGAGUCCGUUUUUAGCGAAGUAGAAUCCCAGGCCGUGGAGGCCUUGGACCUGCCCGGCUCUUUCCGUACUCGAAGCCACAGUUACCUGCGUGCAAUUCAGGCUGGGUAUUCCCAAGAUGACGACUGCUUGCCUUCAAUGACAUCCUCCACUGUUACUUCAACUCUCAGAUCCACAACAGCGGUGACGUACACCCCCAGUUAUAAGAAGACUCCACCUCCAGUCCCACCGCGGACCACCACCAAGCCCUUGAUCUCCGUGACGGCUCAGAGCAGCACCGAGUCCACGCAGGACGCCUACCACGAGGGCCGGCAUCCCAGAGGGGGUCUGUGGGCCACCGACAGCCUUGGGCGCAUUCUGUACAACUCCACGGACAGCCUGGACAGUGCCAAAGCUGUGACCUUAGCCAUGGAAACGGCAGCGAGCAAACGGCACGCGUCCACGGGCAGCUAUAGCUCAGUCCAGACAUGUGACAAAGCUGUACUAGUGUCCAAAGCUGAGGAGUACCUCAAGACCCCACGUUCAUCGAUUGGGAUACAGGUGGAGGCAGCGACGGACUCAGAGACGGAGAGCAGGGCCCUCCCUCAGUACCACUCUGUGGGGGUUCAGGUGGAGGACGAGAAACGCCAUGGCAGGUUCAAGCGUUCAAACAGUGUGACCACAGCAGUUCAGGCCGACAUGGAGCUGGAAGGUUUCCCCUCCAUGGAGGACAAAAGCCUUCAGUUUGGUGGGGGUUUCCAGCGCCACUCGGAGCCUAGCACACCCACUCAGUAUGGAGCCUUGCGUACCGUGCGCACGCAGGGUCUCUUCAGUUACCGUGACGACUACCGGCCCGCCAGCGGCCCGCCCAGCCCUCAGCCUGAGCCCUGGCUGGUGGAACCCUCCCUGGAGGCGGCGGAGACGGGUCGCGUGUCCCCGCUGCGUCGGGACGGCAACUGGUACAGGCAGCUUCUCCACAGUGAGACCAAGAGGCUGGAGGGGUGGUGCAAAGAGAUGGAGGCAGAGGCUGAGGAACACGACCUGUCGGAGGAGAUUUUGGGGAAGAUCCGGAGUGCCGUGGGCAGUGCACAGCUCCUCAUGUCUCAGAAAUUCCAGCAGUUUUACUGGCUGUGUCAGCAGAACCUGGACCCGAGUGCCAUGCCCAGGCCGACCUCUCAGGACCUGGCUGGAUUCUGGGACCUCUUGCAGCUGUCCAUUGAUGACGUCACUGCCAAGUUUGACGAGCUGCAGCAGAUCAAGAGCAAUGAGUGGAGGCCCGUGGAAAGCCCUGAAAAGAAGGCUGUUCAGGAGAGAAAGUGGCCCCCUCCAGGGCUGAAGCGGCCCCCUAGAGGCCGUACUGGGGUAAUGCGGGAGCGUUCUCUGGACCUCCAGGACAGGCAGAGACAGGAGGCCCGGCGCCGGCUCAUGGCAGCGAAACGGGCCGCCUCCUUCCGACAGAACUCAGCCACAGAGCGGGCGGACAGCAUAGAAAUCUACAUCCCUGAGGCUCAGACACGCCUUUGA